AAAAAAAAAGUAUUGCAUUAUUCACAAAAAUACCUAAACCUAAUUUGACUUAGACGCAGCUCUUCUUCUUCUCAUCUCAGCCGCUUCUCCAUCGCCAUCCUUCGAUCUGUGCUUGAGCUCUCAGCCUCAUCUCAGCCUCUCUCUCCUUCUACUUCUCCUUCUCAACCUCUCUCUCAAUCUCCGACGCGAGCUUUCUCUCUUCUCCGACGCGAGCGCUCUCUCUCUCUCUCAGAUGAUGAACCUCACAAGGAGAUUCAUCGGAAGCCUAUGCAAAUCGAAAAUGGCUUCGUUUUCCUCCGCCUCUGGAAUCCCAAAAUCGUUGACAAAAAGUGGAGCAUCCAUUGUUGAUUCGGGUCUCAUGACUGUGGAUUCUAAUGGAGCUAAGGGACUUUUCCGUAAUCGGCAACCAAAGAACAUCAAGCCGUCUUGCUCAUCUAGAUCUUUUGCAUCAGAAACUUCUAAAGAACCUAGGAAACAGCACAAUAAGGCUAAGAAAGAGGUGACGACUGUGGAGGAUCCUUUUGAUUCUCCUACGUACCAUAUCCCGGAGAAGCCGGUGACCUUCACAGAAGGUGCUUCUUAUAGUUUUGUUAUUCUGGCUGGUCUUGCGGUUGCUGGAGCUUCUGGAUACGCUGUCUUUAAAGAGCUCAUAUUUCAACCAAAAGAGUACAAGGUUUUUGACAAAGCGUUGAAGAGAAUUCAAGAAGAUGGUCAGGUGAGGGUAAGGAUUGGAUCCCCCAUCACUGGCUACGGACAAGAAACCAGAAACCGAGCUGCUCGUCAGCGCAUACCCAACAGAGUAUUUACAGAUGAAGAUGGAGUAGAGCAUGUGGAGGUAAACUUCUUCAUCCGUGGGUCUCACGGAGCCGGGAAAGUGUACACGGAGAUGUUUAGAGACAAGGCAGACAAGGAAUUGAAAUACACAUACCUGAUCGUGGAGAUUUUAACUCCCUCCCCAGCCAAACUUAUUCUGGAGUCCUAUUUGCCAACCUAGACAACACUCCUGGAGUUUUUUUUUUUUUUUUUUGGUCAACCACUCCUGGAGUUCUAUUUACCCGAUUUGAAAACAACACUCUUAUCUGUUAUUUUUUUUAGUUCAGUUUGAUCCAGAUGCGUGAAACUCUUAUGCAACGUCUAGCUAGACUUACUUUCUUAUCUCUAGCUUUAUGGUAUUUUGGGGUAUAAGUAAAUCCGAACCAAAUCGAUUAUAUAUUGAUAUC